AUGGCAGAUAGCAUGGACUUCCCCAAAUCCCUGACCCUUGAAGACGCAGGCGGCAGCAGUUCCCAAGGCUCCCGCCCCACCCAACAAGACCAAUACACAAUCCUCCGCCCCGACGCCUUCGAAAGUAAGAACGACCAGCUCGCGCUCUUCGCGGUCUACGAUGGCCACGGCUCAAGCAAAGUUGCCAAACACGCCCGCGACAACCUCCCCGUCUUCCUGCGACACAGUCCCGACCUCCCGACGGCCGAGUACGAGAAGGCGAUCGUCGAGGCCAUCCGGCGCGAGGAGGAGCAGCUGCUGCAUGAGUUCUGGGAGGGGGAGGAUAAGCAUGCGCUGGCGGGGACGACGAUGGCGCUCGCGAUCGUGAACCUCACGCGGGGCGUGUUGGUCGUCGGGAAUGUGGGGGAUUCGGAUGUGUUGCUGGGGGAGGAGGGGGGUGCUGCUGGGUGUGGGACGGGGAUGGAGGUGACGAGAUUAUCGACGACGCAUAAGCCCGAGAGCGACGGGGAGAAGCAUCGGGUUGAGUUGGCGGGCGGGACGGUCAAUACGGAGAGUGGGACGGCGCGAGUGGGAGCGCUGAACAUGUCCCGUGCCCUGGGCGACCUGCGCUACAAAACCCCCCUCAACAACAUGACCCAGCGUGCCAAGAGCGGCAGCGGCAGCGGCAGCUCCGAAGGAGGGACCCCCUCCGCCGCCCACGACACCCCCCCGCAGCGCGGCGACUUCAUCUCCAGCGAGCCCGCCCUCAACCGCGUCGACCUCCGCGACGAUCGUCGCUAUGUGCUGGCCCUGCUGUCCGAUGGCGUGACCAAUGUGCUGGAUGACGCGACCAUCCUCAACCGCAUCGUCGAGCUGCGGCAGUCCGGGUUCGACGCGACGCGGGCGGCGCAGAAUAUCACCGAGGGGACGACGGCGCUGCCGGGCAGUGAUAACGCGACCUGCGUGACGGUUUUUCUGGAAGGGCCGAAGCCCGGAUGGAAACUCCCCGUCAAGAAUUACUCAAUUGCACCUACCAUGUUCGAGAAUAUCGUCACCCCCCAGCUGAAGAGCCGGCCGCAGCGCCCUGCCCCCACCUUCGGCCCCUUGGCCACAAGCAACAUUAUCGACAUCCGGACGGACAAAAGCGAGAGCCAGCUCCGAAAGUCGCUGCAGGACUCCGUGCAUGCCGCGUGCCAUGGACAGGCCGCCAUGCCCGACUUGCUCCUCUGGGACGAACAGGGGCUGCGCCUGUUCGAGGAGGUGACCUUCUCCCCGGCCUAUUAUUUGACCAACGAGGAGAUCGGGCUGUUGGAGAAGCACCAAUACCAGAUCGCGGAGCAUAUCCCCUCUGGAAGCAUGCUGGUUGAACUGGGCAGCGGCAACCUCCGCAAGGUGAAGAUCCUCCUCGAGGCGCUCGACGCGCUAGGCCGCGAGGUCGACUACUUCGCCCUGGACGUCUCCUUCGCCGAGCUGCAGCGCACGCUGAGCAUGGUCCCGCCGGGCAUCUUCCGGUACGUGCGCUGUUUCGGGCUGCUGGGGACCUACGACGACGGCCGCGAGUGGCUGCAGCGGUCGGACCUCCGCGCCCGGCCGAAGACCAUCCUGUCUCUGGGCUCGACGCUGGGCAGCUUCCCCCGGGCGGACGCCGCCGGGUUCCUGGCCAGCUUCGUGCACGCGCAUGCCGGCACGGGAAGCAGCCCGUCCUUUUUAGUUGGGUUGGAUGGAUGUAAAGAGCCGGCACGGGUGCUGGCGGCAUACAAUGAUCCCGAGGGGGUGAAUCGCCGGUUCAUCACGCAUGGGCUGGAGCGGGCGAAUGAGAUUCUCGAGCACGAGGCAUUUGCGCUCGAUCGCUGGGAUGUGGAGGGGCAGUGGAACGUGGAGAACGGCAGCCACGAUCAGUUCUAUGUUUCCACUGGGGAGGUGGAUCUGGCCGGCAAGAGAGUCUCAGCGGGGACGCGCAUCCGAGCGGUGCGGAGCCACAAGUACGAUGGCGAUGAUCGGAUGGCGCUCCUUGGGAGGGCCGGGUUGGAGGAGGUCGAUGCGUGGGCAUCGGGGAGUCGGUAUCAUCUGCUGUUUUUGAGCAGCUGA